CUCCACUCUGCUCCCGUAGCCGUGGAAUAUCCGACGAUCCCGUUCCGGACAUUUAAAUAUCGUGCGGCGGCAGUGCUCCGGCUUAUUGUCAGCUAGAUCGCGGUGGCGUGAACAUCGCAAGUGCCAGCCGCUAAUGAGAACUGAUUCACGUCGUCCGAGGUUUGAACUAGAAUAAUAUAGAAAACUCUUCGUUUUCCGUGUGUGUUGCGAUUCCCUGUGUGUGUUCCCUGGGAUUUCCCGCGUUCAGUGGCCGUAAAAAAAGUUGGCAACCUUCCCAAAAAAAAACCUAGCGCUAGACAACUGCCGGAAAUGCGAAAGUGAAAGCGGCCGGCCAAGAAGAACAGACAGCAAAUCACCAGAGACCCAUAACAUGUCAUCCACGCUGAAGAGCCUCGCCAGCCAGGGCGGCGGCGGCGGAAUGUACGUCAAGACGCCGGAUCUCGGCGGAAUCUCGGGCAAGGAGCUCCCGGGCAGCUGCUACGGAGGAGGCUUCAUGUCGCCCCCGCUUAGUGCAAAGAUGACGACCGGCGACGCGGACCGGGACAUUUUCCGUGUGCCGGCCAAGGUGGAAUCUGGAGGACACAACAACUUCGCCGCCGGGGAGCUUCAGUUCCCAGACUUCUCACACCUGUGCUUUGCCGCCGAGACACCCAACUCGGUGUUCAGUGAAUGCCACGCUUACUUGAGCCAGGAUCAGCAGCGGGACUCGGACCAGGAUCACGAUCAGGACGACAUAGUGUGCGCCGCUGCGGGAAAUACGAGCAUGCCAUACCAGCAGGGUCAGUACACACAGCUUAACCGAGAGGAUAUCUUCCGCUUCGAGCCGGAGGACAUAGCCCGGCUCACGGGAGAAUCCGACCUGCCGGGUCUGCUGCAGCCACCGCAGACUCCGUACACACCGUACACCCCGUACACUCCGUACACGCCCUGCAGUGCCCAGAACAGUCAGCCGACGGCAAGCGACUCCGUCAAUCUGGAUAUUGAUUACUUUAAUUAUGAUGAGAUUAAUUGCCAAUCGAAAAACCAAUCUCCGUGCUCAUCACCGCCGCUAGAUGCCUGGCUGAACUUCAAUCUCGGCGAGAUAUCAGCGGCCGCGUCGGGUGCCUCGCCCAAGCUGGGCAACGUGUUUGAGGAGUUUGUCAAGGACGAGCAGGAGCCCUCACCCUCGCCCACCAAGUUGCCGUCGAUGAACUCCACGUUCGGCACCCCCAAAUGCAUUCCCAUGUGCGCCAGCAACUACGACGACUACUCCAACCUGUACCAGGGAUCGGCCUACGCCGCCGAGAACUAUCAGCAUAAUUUAGCGCAGGCCGUGGAGAAGCCCAACCGGGAGCACAAGGUAAUUUGGACCAUUGACGAGCUGGACGAACUAGUGCUGGGCGAACAGCAGCAAUUCCAUCAACAUCAACUGCAGCAGCUGCAGCAGCAGCAGCAGCAACAGCAAAAGCAGCAGCAACAUGAAGAACUUCAACAGCAAUUGCAAUGCCAAAAGAUAAAAAAUCUGGAUCUGAAUUACAUGGAGGAUGAUUUAAUCAAGGAGGAACAGUGUCGCAACUUGGACAGCGAAGAUGAGGAAAACUACCUGGAAGAGGACGAUGACUUGGACAACGAGGUGUUUGCUCUGCCGGCGGAAAGUGAUCCCAAGCCGGAUUCAGUUUGUUGCGAUCCCGAAGCAGAGACGGAGGCCGAGCCUGUGCCUCUGAUCUGCCGGUGGACGGGAUGUGACGAGGAGUUCCCGCAUCAGCAGGCCUUUGUGGAGCACAUCGAAAAGUGUCACGUGGAUGUGAGGAAGGGCGAGGACUUUUCCUGCUUCUGGCUGGAUUGUCCCAGACGCUACAAGCCCUUCAAUGCCCGUUACAAGCUGCUGAUCCACAUGCGAGUCCACAGUGGCGAGAAGCCCAACAAAUGUCCGUUUCCCGGCUGCAAUAAAGCAUUUUCGCGUUUGGAAAAUUUGAAAAUUCAUCAGCGCUCGCACACCGGAGAGCGGCCUUAUGGCUGUCAGUAUAAAGGCUGCCUCAAAGCGUUCAGCAAUAGUUCGGAUCGGGCGAAACAUCAAAGGACGCACUACGACACGAAACCCUAUGCCUGCCAGCUGCCCGGCUGCACCAAACGCUACACGGAUCCCUCCAGCCUACGCAAACAUGUCAAGAACCACGCGCUGCGCAACGCCAACGGACAGCUGCGACGCAAGUCAGCCGGAGGAGCCACGAUUUCGACCGCAGGCGCCAGCGGAAGGAGGACGGCCAAAACCCGUCGCCACUCGGAGUCGGCCCUGGCACAGGUGCAGGUUCAGGUGCAACAGACUGGAGCAGGUCAAGUAGCUCCAGGGGUGCCAAGUGCAACAGGGGAACAGCGCCAGCAGCGCAGCAAUAGCUGCAGCGAUGCUUUGCUGCAGACAGACCGCAAUGGCUGCGGCACUGGAGUGCCAGCUAAUAACAAUUCAAUGAACUUUAAUGAGUUGUCAAAUUGCAUUGUCAUCAUUGAGCACAAUCGGAAUGGGCCAACAACAACGGCAACCGCAGCGACAGCAGCAGCAUAUGGCAACUACGACGGCAGCAACAACAUGGCGUCCGCACCGGAAACGGAUGCGCUGAGCGUUUGCAGCAGCGGCAGCCACAACAAUUACAAUGGCUACGACGGCCAUGGAAAUAUUAAUCAAUUAAGCGAGCUCGAACAAUUGCUGACGACGCCAAAUGGCGUCUGCAAGCAGAUUCCGGCUGCUAAUGGGAUUAGCUCCGCCACCGUCACCGCCGGCAACUGCAACUCCAACUCCGGCAGCAACGGCAACAGCAAAUGCCAAUUGAACGAGUUUGUGUCGUUCGAGUACGUGACGAAAUAUCUCGCGGAUGUGUACGAGCCGCCAUCCGGCGCACAGCGGCCCAAGAGCCCCAGUCCCGCGGCUAAUUUCCAUUUGCAUCCCGAGUUCGACAACAACUUCGACAUGCUGGACUUCCAGCAGUUCAUAUGAAUUGACCUAUUUUAGUAUCUAGUUUAAGCGAGAGAAAGCCCACCAAGGAGAGCCAGUGAAUUCAGCAAGUCCAAAGAUCUCAGUGCCUGAGCCCUUAUAAGAAUGCCUACCAUUAAGUAAGACAUCGCCUGUAAAUAGCAAAUUACUUCGUAGGAGCCCUAGGUUAAGUGUUUGAAAGAAACGUUCCUGAAUUUCAAUUUGAUCCAGUGAUUAGCCGUGUCUUCCACCAGCCCACCCUUCCUGCCACGAAAAGUGAAUCAUUAACAUAGUUAGAAUAGACUCGGUUAAGUGCUAUCUGUAAUUGCUUCGUUAAAGUUGUCAGCAUAGCGCAUUGACCAUAAUAAAUAAUUGUAUUUGCAUAAUUUCUUCUUAAAAAACAGCAUUUGAAUAUUUAAUUUGAAUUAAAUAUUUAUAUUAAUUACUUGCCAUGCGGAGCGCAGAAAAAAGGUAAUGAAAAGAUUGCGGGCAAAGUUAAUGAAUUGAAUUAAUAAAGAUUUAAUGUAACGUCAUAAAAA